AUGCGGGACGGACCGCCUUCAGGCGCUGCAGACCCCGUUUUGCCCGCCCACUUGGUCCUCGAUGCUCGAAGGCGAGGCGCCAUCAGGACGAGUCGAACCUUGGGAGACUGUUCCCGCAUCGACAUGUCCAACAUGACUGCAGAGAGUCCGCACUCCAUACCGGAUAAUGACUCUGGAGUACUCGGUACACCUGAGCGACUCCCAUCGCAUCGACUCGAGGCAGCUGAUCGUUGGCGCCUGCAUGCCACCCUUCCUCUUCAAACCUCCGGGUCCGUAUGUAGUACGUGA